GGGCUGCCUAUCUUUAGCAAAAAAGAAAGGGCUGCUUAUGCCCAACUCUUUUGGCCCAAGCCUGCUCGCAUCUAUAAGAUCUAAUCCCCAUCCCGCGCCCCGCGCUGCCACGCCGGCAAGAGGAGAAAGAAAGCAAAGAAGCCAUGGAGCGGUCGGCCAUGGAAGGUAUCGCGAACCGCCUGGCCUCCAUCGAAGGGCUCUACUUCCCCGGCGCCAUCCGCCGCCAAACCCCGGACGCCUCCCAGCGCAAGUCCGCGCUCCUCGACCUCCUCUCCCGCGACGCCCCCAUCUUCCUGGAGCGCUACGGUUCGGAGCUCACCGCCGACGAGCUCCGGGAGUUCGAGGUGCUGAAGGCGGACUACGAGGUGGAGUGGCACCUGAACCACCUCCGGCGCGGCCGGAGCCCGACGGCGGAGGAGGCGCGGGCGAGGUCGGUGACGGUUAAGAACCGGCGGCGGGCAUACAUGGAGCUGCUCGUCCGAGGUGGGGAGUACUUCUCCGAGGACGCCAUGAGGGAGCGGGAGCCCUACCUCCACCACGAAUAUUUGGGGAGAUUUCAGGACCCGUCUUGCAGGGUCCUCUCCCGGCCCGGGGAGCGGUGGUCGGAGACGCUGAUGCGGCGGUGCGAGGAGGCGAUGCUGGUGGAGAAGAUCCGAGGGGAGCAGCAGAGGCUGGGGGUGGCUAGGAGAGAUUGGGUCGGCAGCGGGGGAGAGGAAGAGCAAGAAGAAGAAGAAGAAGAGGAGGAUGACGAGGAUGAGAGUGAGGAGGUCAAGGAGGAAGAGAAGGAUGGAUCGAGCGAAUCAAUGAUGCAUGUAGACCGUGAGCCUAGCAGCAAUGGUCAGGGUACAAGUACGGAGCCUUACGAGCAGACAUUAUCGGUGGAAGAGAUGCAGGAUCAGCUGGAGCAGUUCACUCAUAUAAUGCAGCAGAAGUUUCUGGCAGGAGAAGACACUGAGCAUUUGGACUAUUCUAAAAUAGACAAUAAUGAGAGACUGGAUGAUCAUUGGCUCAGGGAGGCAAACAAUGAUGCUGAGGAGAAAUACUUUGAAGAAGAUUAAUGAAUGAAAUGCUAUCAUUUUCUCUGUUAAAUGUAACACCUUUUCCUUUUCCUCUUAUGUAUGGAUGAGCUCUGGAUAACCUUUUGUAGCACCUUUUCUUCUGCCUUUGGUUGUGCAAUGCAACAUAGGAAAGUUUGUUUCAAUACUUCUUGCUUGUACAAGUGCAGCAUCCUGUUGUACAUAUACUUAAUUCUGCUGCUUUAGAUUUUUGUACUGUAAAUGAUGGAAAAACUUGAGGUAUUGGCCCCAAGCUGUCUGAAGGCUGUGGAUGUAAACCUUAAACAGACUCUUCCAUUUCUAAUCAAUAGAACCCUCCUGAUUUCAUCUC